CGACCUUACCUUCUUCUAUCCUUACGUAUUCUAUAUUUUACGUACCCCCAUCUACUUUCUACAUAGGUACUUUUAUCAUCCUUGAAUACCUAGAAUGAGUACCUCAACCGACCAAUCUCGGUUCGAGAAUCUUCGUGCUCAGGCUGAAAUCCUCGAUGGGGAAGAUGAGCUCCGUCAUUUGAGGGACGAGUUUCACAUCCCCACCAAGGCUGAAAUCAAACGAAAGACACUAGAACAGCAGCCGCAGCAGCAAGAACAACAACAAAAAGAUCGCAACGAUCCCGCCCUAGCCGAUGAAACGACAACACCAUGUACAUACCUUUGCGGGAACUCCCUUGGAUUGCAACCCAAACGAACGGCAACUCGCAUCAAUCAAUAUCUACAGACAUGGUCAACCCAAGGUGUUCAAGGUCACUUUAAACCAUUAGACGACUCUCCUCUGCCGACGUGGCUUGAUGCCGAUGCCCGAGCUGCCAAAUUAAUGUCCCCAAUCGUCGGGGCGGACGAAUCGGAGGUUGCAGUUAUGCAGACCUUGACGGCAAACUUACACCUGUUAAUGUCAGCGUUCUAUCGACCAGAUCCAAAGGGUAGACACAAGAUUAUCCUGGAGAGCAAGGCCUUCCCGAGCGAUCAUUAUGCCGUAUUGAGUCAGAUCCGCCAUCAUGGCCUUUCACCCAACACUUCCAUGGUGACGAUAGAGUCGCCUUAUUCAGAAGAUAACUUGAUCACCACCUACGAUAUUCAAUCCAUCAUCUCGAAACAUGCGUCCGACACGGCCCUGAUCCUACUGCCUGGUAUACAAUAUUAUACUGGGCAAUUGUUGGAUAUCCCAACCAUCACCGCGUUUGCGCACAAGCACGAUAUCUUCGUCAUCUGGGAUUUGGCCCACGCAGUUGGCAAUGUACCCCUUAGUUUACACGACUGGGAUGUAGAUGCGGCGGCUUGGUGUACCUACAAAUACCUCAACGGUGGACCUGGCUGUAUCGGAGGCAUGUUCAUCAAUUCACGGAAUAGUCUCGUAACGACAACUCUUACCGACGAACAACCCGAACGUGGAUAUGGAAAGCGACUCUCCGGCUGGUGGGGUAAUGACAAGGGAACUCGGUUCCAAAUGGAUCCUAGAUUCCAUCCCGUAAAGGGUGCUGCCGGAUUCCAGCUAAGCAACCCUAGCAUUCUCGACAUCACCAGUCUAAGCGCAUCCCUUGAGGUCAUCGAGCUUGCCGGCGGUGUAUCUACCUUACGGGAGAAGUCCAAGAAACUCACGGCAUUUCUCGAACACUCCAUAUCAUUCCUUUCGGAAGAUGCGAAGCAACUCUUCAGGGUCAUCACGCCAUCCGAUCCAGAACAGCGUGGGGCCCAGUUGAGUAUCUUGCUGGCGGAUAACCUUUUACAUCCCGUAAUGAAGGAAUUCCAAAAGAGUGGCGUCAUAGUUGAUGAGCGACAGCCGAAUGUUGUUCGUGUCGCUCCUGCUCCCUUAUACAACUCCUUCGCGGAUUGUGUCGCGUUCGCUGAGGCAUUCGAGGCAGCCCUUAUCGCAUCGCAGGACGCACUAUGAAUCAGCUACUACCAACAACGAUCGAAGAUAUUCUAAAUCUUACUGUCUGUUAAGCCGGAUCUUAAACAUAGUAAGGAAAAAGGAAGUAGAAUAUAUGUAGGAUACGGCACAGGGCAGAAUGCAUAGCGAUUUGGAUGAUAUGAUUUCUAUAUAUGUAAUCUGCCUAUUGAUAAUUAAAUUAUCUAUCUUGGAAUCCCUUUAUUGUGAGCUAACAUAUAUAGUGGAUACAAGGCUAAGGAAAGCCGUUUUAAUUCUUACCCUUAACUGUUCUUCUCCCGUGUUCCAUCGCUUACUUGAGAUGGCGACGUCACACUAGAUAGAAAGGUACGAUCACAAGAAAUACAUCAACAAACUGCGGUAGGUAGACAGGAAAAUAGAGGGCAAU